AAUUGAAAAUAAUUAUUCUAAAUUAUUCAUCUUUUCUAGAUUCUCUAAUGAACCACAAUUUUAUCAUGAUUCAGGCAAUAAUGAAUAUGAUGAUCAAUAUUGGAUCUUAAUUCCAGGAACAGAAAAACAUUUUGAACAAAAAUUUAAUUUUAAGAUGGAUAAAAAUGAAGUUCAUAAAUCAAUUUUUGAAUAUUCAUCUGAAUUUAUUAUAAAAGUAGGAAUAGAAUUUCAAGCUGAAAUUCCAAGUAUAGGAGAAAAUGGAAUUAAUAUUGAAGUUAAUGAUAAGAUUUGGAUUUUUG